AUAGUCUCCUUGCUCCCCACGGCCAAACGCCUCAUCUCCCGCACCUGCCACGCCUCCUGGGACGGCACACUUGUCAACACCCUCCGCAUCACCUCCAUGGGCCAGUACCGCACGAACUCCUCCCCACAGCCGUGGGUGAGGAAAACGUCCCGCGUCCUAGACGUGGCCUUGACGCGCCUCCGCCUGGGCCACACACGCCUCGGCGCUCACCUCCACCGCCAGCGCCUCGUCCCCGACCCUCACUGCCCUGGUGCAGGACCGUCGAAGACACCAUUUAGCACCUGCUGCUGCACUGCCCACGCCACCACUCCCAGCGAGUGCUGCUCCGACACCAACUUCGCACCCUGGACGUGCCCACCUUCGACCUGCCCACUCUGCUGGCGGCGGCAGGCGUCCACCCCUCACGACAGGAAGCUGUCAUCCGCCUCACCUGCGCCUUCCUCAGGAAGACGAGGCAGCAGACGCGCCUGUGAAGACCUCACAGGACGACACCACGAAGAAGAACUGAGUCUUCACUUCGCCCAUCAUCGAUAGGGUAAGCGAUGGCUGAAGUGGUAGUGUGCUGGGCCCACAUUCACCACGUGAUGGACGACGCGAGUUCGAAUCUCCACGCUACCACCUCGGAUUUUUCAGUCACCACCGAGUGGCUUAAAACUACCCACAUGCUGUCCUGAAAAUCACCCAUCAACCCGGACUCUAGGAACGAGUUCCGGGGGGCAGCAUGAGACAAGAGAAGAUGGCGCCACUAUAAACACUUGCCUGCGCCAUGAUGGGCUGGGGCCGAAUACCAUCCAGGCCCCUCAAGCAAGCCUAUCGGCGCAAUAGGCGGAGAGCUUAUGGACUCCCUGGUGCAUCCCUCGCCCCAUCUCCCCUCUUGGCCCCUGAGUGUGGUGUCGGGGGAACCUUGCUGCCCACCUGGAGGUUCCUGCAAGACCAGCCGACUCCUCACAUCAAGAGCAGUGUUGCAGUGGAGGCUGCAAGGCCAGGCAGCACCCUGAGUGGCCGGGACCAGCAGGAGCAGACUGCCACUGGUGUGAGGAUCAGGGGUGAUCAAAAGAACCACCACCACCACCAACAACAACAACUCUACUACUGACUUGCUGCUGCCAUCUCCAGACACAAAGGAAAGGAAAAGUUUGAUUAUGAGAAGAUUUGAGACUGAUAGCAAGUUGACUAGACAGCCUUACACACAAUGGUGAAGAAAAUCAUGAGUGCCAAGAGUGUGGGAAAAGACUCCAGUGAGAGACGCCAUGAAUGCCGUGACUGUGGCAAAAGGUUCAGUAAGAAGCGUGACCUUGACAGACACAUCCUUACACACACUGGUGAAAGAAAUCAUGAAUGUGAAGUCUGCAGAAAAAGAUUCAACUUGAAGGGUAACCUUGACAAACACAUCCGUACACACACUGGUGAAAGGAAUUAUGAAUGUGAAGUUUGUGGUAAAAGAUUCGCUCAGAAGAGUACCCUCAACACACACACCCUUACACACGCUGGUGAAAGGAAUUAUGAAUGUGAAGUUUGUGGUAAAAGAUUCAUUCAGAAGAGUACCCUCAACACACACAUCCGUACACACACUGGUGAAAGAAAUUAUGAAUGUGAAGUUUGUGGUAAAAGAUUCACUCAGAAGAGUGCCCUCAACACACACAUCCUUACACACACUGGUGAAAGAAAUCUUGAAUGUGAAGUCUGUAGAAAAAGGUUCAGUCAUAAGGGUAACCUCAAGAGACACAUCCUUUCACACACUGGUGAAAGGAAUUAUGAAUGUGAAGUUUGUGGUAAAAGGUUCAUUCAGAAGAGUGACCUCAACAAACACAUCCUUACACACACUGGUGAAAGAAAUCAUGAAUGUGAAGUCUGUAGAAAAAGGUUCACUCAUAAGGGUGACCUCAACAGACACAUCCUUACACACACUGGUGAAAGAAAUCAUGAAUGUGAAGUCUGUAGAAAAAGAUUCACUCAGAAGGGUGACCUCAACAAACACAUCCUUACACACACUGGUGAAAGAAAUCAUGAAUGUGAAGUUUGUGGCAAGAGAUUCAUUGUGAAGUCUGAAUUAAAUAGGCACAUCUUCAGACACUCUGGCCAUAGAGGGUUCAAGUGUGAUGUUUGUGGAAAGCGUUUUAUAACAAAGAAGGAGAUUGUCAGACACUUGAAGAUCCACAUGAGGUGAUGUGUUGUGCUGUGGUGCUGCUGUAUGUGGGUGUGUCUGUGGUGGUGGUGGUGGUGGAAGGCAGUGUGUGGCAUGGAGAACAGGAAACAAACAUGUAUAGUCAUAAAUAGUUAUUGUGUGACAGCAUGAACUGUUCACUCUCCUGACUCGGGCUGCAUGUGGCUGGUGGAUGCCGUGAAAGGUUAAAUCUGCUUGUGACUGCUGGGCUGAUUGGCGGGGUAAAGGUAAAGACUGGGGCAUACGCUAUAGCUGUGCAUGGCCCCUGUGGUGGUUAUGACCCUGGGACACAGGGCAAGUGCAACAUCAGGGUUACCAGUUUACCUUAACCAGGUUUCCUCAGGAACCCAUUUAUCAAUCAACCCAAAAGUGAUGAUGAGCAGCUGGCUGGGCUGUGCCUUGACUGUUCAGGCUGGGAUUCAAACCCAGGCCAGCAUAAUUCGAAGUUAGGGCUGCUAACCCAUACACCAAAGAGGCUUCGUUGUGGGCGGGGCUUGUUUGUCUAUCUAUAGGCCAGUUUGACAGUCCAUCAGAGUCAUUGGCAGCACCCAAACCAAACUAUAUUCUCACCAAUGAUCCAUUAUCUCUACUCAAUACCAGAUACUAUUUAAUGGAUUUCCUGUGUAGGUUCCCAAAAUUUCCUCCUAUUUACAUCAAUGCCAAACACUAAAGCUACGAGGAAUUUUCAUCAUAUUUUGUGUUUGCUUUGGAAUCUUACAAACAUGCUGUAUUGGACUGUAAAACUGGCCCUAUAUCUACGACGCCCUCUUCCCAUACAGGAACUUCCGUCCAGAGACUGCACAAGUGUCUCCAUCUCUCCCUGUUCUGGCACUCCCUCUCACCACACUCAGUCCUGCUACUUCCAACUCUCUCACUCCAGUACUCACUCACCCUAUUGAUCCACUUCACAGGUGGUCUUACCCUGACACCCCCUCCCUUAAUGCUUCCCUCAUACACUCUCUUCACGAAUUCAUUCUCCUUUAUCCUUGUCACUUGCCAAAACCAUCUCAGCAUAUCAUGCUUCACCCAUUCAACCACUCCACAAUCCACUCCCUUCAGUAUCACGCACAUACCAAACAUCUUACACAGGCUUUUAUUACUUUCUCCAUCCUCUUAUAUAACUCAUUUCCACUGCAUGUAUUCUCUAUUGCUGUGCUGUACUUCUUGUCCACGUCUGAUGCAUGACAGAGUUGGCAGGGCAAUACUGUUCCUUAUGCCCCUCUUUACCCACAUGCUCACACUUCUUCAUUUCAUAACUCUCCAACGCAUCCACUCUCAGAUUUCUCCUCUUAAACACCCUGUCCAACUCAUCAGCUAUCCUCUGCAGUGCCCCCUCAUUCUCUGCCAACAAGAUUUCCAUCUGAAAACAGGCUUGCCACCAAUGACUCCUCUGUAUCUUUCACCCUCAGCCUUGGACCUAGCUCCCCCAUUCUUUCAUUUCUCUCAUACAAGUGUCCAUGUUUCCCCAGGUACCCAUUUAUUGAUCCUUAUGAAAGGGAGGACAAAUAGCUGAGCAACCUGCAUGAUGACCUUGGAGGAAGAAUACAAGAAGGGGGCAUGACAUCACAGAAGUGAAGCCAGCUUGGCUCUGCCCCCUCCAAGCUGCAUUCACCGAACUGGUCCUGCCAUCUGGUGGCCGUACUGGAGCCUCUGCCAGAGCCAAACCUGCGGCCAGCUGCGGUCCAUCGAGGCUUAAUUUAAAUUUUUCUGAAUCAAACUAGGAAAAUAUCAGAGUUGUAAUUGUCACUAUCAUAUUUAUAGCAAAAAAUCUGAGUGCUGUAUAUUAUUCAUGUCGUUGUAAUAACCACUGUUGGCAAAAUAAGAGAAUUCAUGGAUGUAUCCUACAACACUCCAUCCCAUGGUUAAUGGGAAUGCAUCAGUGCGACCUCUUGGGUAAAUAUUUCCGUCAUGCAAGAAAAGAGAAGUCAAACAAGUCUGGCAUGGUGUCAUGCUCUCAAAAUCUUAUAGUAGUUGUGGAAGGAAGUGUUGAAAAUUUUGCCACUCAACAUUCCUCCGGCUGGCACGCCACUGCCUCAGCAUGAUGCAUUCCUCUGUCCCUCCAAUCAGAGUGCGGGAGGUUGUUUACACUGCUGCUAAACAUAUCGUACACCACUGGCAGCAGGUAUUAUACUUAUUUCAUAUUUCUAAUUUAAAUCAUAAUACAUAAAUCUUGAGCAUCUUAUAAUAUUACAUUAACUUUAUGGAAAUUUAAAGGAACAACAUAGAGCAUGUGAUGAUUGUUUAUGUGGGGAAAAUAUAUUAAAAUUUCCAAUUUUUUGCAUUUCCUCAUUUCUUAAAUACUACUAGUGAAUCAAGUGUCUACCGUAGCUAUGAGAAAAAUAUGUGAUUUCUAAAUAAUAGCAUGAAACUAUAGUAAGAAAAAUUAUUUGGAUGUACGCCACAUGCAUAUAUAUUUUGGUAGUUCCACCAGGGCUACCAGAUGGAAAGAAGAGCUCAGUGAAGGAUCUAAUUCCAUCCAAAACAUUGCCCGACUUGCUGAACGUGCAACACCCACACACCUCAACAUUUUGUCUCCAUGCCGGCUUGCUCUACCUUAAGUCGUACCCACAGAGGCAGGGAUGGCCGCAUAACAUUUCCUCAUUAAGAUGGAAUGAUUUUUGUGGCGAAACAUAAUAUUAGAGGCGAGAAAACUGAGCUAGAAAAAGAGCGACGCAAAAAUAUGUGAAUCAUCGCCUAGUAGUAAUUUCAAGGAAAUCAUCUGUAAUUCCUUUUUUAUGGCUUUUACACACAAAAAGAUCAAAUUAGUUUUGGGUGCUAUCAGAAAUGCUUUGAACACAAAGUUAUUUUCCAAAACAUGUGAAAUAAGUGCAAUAGGCAUACCUAACAAUCACCAAAUGGGGGGGGUACAAACUUGGCAGAGGGACUUUUUUGGCAGCCAUAGCCGGUAAUGGGCUAAAGAGUAGCCUAUCCAGAUAUUUUGUUUUUAUUCAUUAAUGAUCCACGAGACAUCCUAGAGUUAAAUCAAAGUAUGUGCUUAUCUUUGUAUUCAUUUAUACACACAUUGGUAAUAUUUCUGUGGUGUCUGAUUCACUUGUUUGAGUGAAAUUCUAUUGUGAAAAAGUCACAUAUUUGUGUCACUAGUAAAUAUGAAACUAGUAAUGAAAGUUUUGCCACCAUGAAAUAUACACAAAUAGAUAAUUAUGAAAGCUCACGAAGUCACAAUAAGUGACAUCACCUGCUUUGCACAGUAAAAAUAUGCUAUU